GGGCAGGCCAGUACACGAUGGAAGUUCGCGUCGGUCGGUCGUGUGUCGUGCAACGUCGCGAGUGAUGUCGCAGCAUGACUGCGCGUGCCUUGUUGUGGUGCCUUGUCCUCAGCGCGGUCGGAAUCCUCGACGCGGCCGCGGGCCGCGGACACCGUCUACACCACGUAGCCACACGCCACAAACACUCCGAGUUCGUUAAAGGAAAAAUAUGCAUCGGCACGAAUGGUCGGAUGUCGGUGCCAUCGAAUCGCGAAACCCAUUACCGGAAUCUUCGCGAUCGCUUCACGAAUUGUACCUACGUCGACGGCAACCUCGAGCUGACAUGGCUGCAAAACGACACUAUGGACCUGUCAUUCCUCAAGUAUAUAAGAGAAGUCACAGGAUAUGUUCUCAUAUCGCAUGUACAUGUCCGGCAGAUUAUUCUCCCUCAACUGCAAAUCAUUCGCGGCAGAACUCUAUUCAAAUUAAACGUGAGAGACGAAGAGUUCGCCCUCAUAGUUACCAUGUCCUCAGCUUUCACUCUCGAAUUGCCGGUACUACGUGACGUCCUCCGCGGCAGCGUCGGCAUCUACAACAAUUACAAUCUCUGCCACGUGAAGACUAUAAACUGGGAGGAAAUUAUAACAGGCGUUAACGCAACAUACGUGUAUGUUUACAACUUCCAGACGCCGGAAAGGAAAUGUCCGCGAUGUGACCCCAGCUGUGUAGAGGGAUGUUGGGGCGAAGGUCCCGAAAAUUGUCAAAAAUUCUCGAAAACAAAUUGCAGUCCCCAAUGUGCUCAAGGUCGAUGUUUCGGCCCAAAUCCCCGAGACUGCUGCAAUACAUUUUGUGCUGGUGGCUGCACAGGCCCGCUGCCAACUCAAUGUCUCGCCUGUCGAAACUUUUAUGAUGAAGGCACUUGUUCCCAAGAAUGUCCACCUAUGCAAAUAUAUAAUCCUACCACUUAUUCUUGGGAACCAAAUCCCGAUGGCAAGUAUGCUUAUGGUGCAACUUGUGUCCGCAAUUGCCCUGAACAUUUAUUGAAAGAUAAUGGUGCCUGUGUAAGAAGCUGUCCGCCAAAUAAAACUGCUGUGAACGGUGAAUGCAAACCGUGUAAUGUUACUUGUCCAAAAACUUGCCACGCAGAAAAACCAAUUCACUCGGGAAAUAUCGAUAGUUUUAAAGAUUGUACCAUAAUUGACGGGUCCAUAGAAAUUUUGGAAAUGACGUUCACUGGAUUUCAGCAUGUCAAUCCUGACUUUUCUUUUGGUGAAAGAUAUCAAAAAAUGCAUCCUGAUAAACUUGAAGUAUUCAGCACUGUCCGCGAGGUCACAGGAUACUUAAAUGUUCAGGCCAUUCAUCCUAAUUUCACAAGCCUCUCAUACUUCCGUAAUUUGGAAGUAAUAGGAGGACGUCAAGUAGUCGAAAAUCUAUUCGCAUCCUUAUAUAUAGUAAAAACUUCACUGAAGUCUUUGGGCUUGAAAUCUCUAAAGAAAGUAAAUUCUGGUGCAAUAGCCAUUAUGGAAAACAAAGAUUUAUGUUUUGCUGACAAAAUAGCCUGGAACAGGCUAGUGAAAUCCAAGGAUCAUAAACAAAUUAUACAGAAUAAUGGCGUCCCGAAGACUUGUGCCAACCUGGUGUGUGACCCACAAUGUUCGAAGGAUGGAUGCUGGGGUCCUGGGGCGGAUCAAUGUCUUUCUUGCGAAAACUUCAAAUAUGGGGAGAUGUGCAUAAAAAAUUGCAGUGUAAUACCAGGAUUGUAUAAAGCUGGUCUGAAUACUUGUGAAGAAUGCGAUCCAGAAUGUCUCGAUGGCUGUACUGGUCCAAGCCGAGCUAACUGCACUGUUUGUAAACAUGUACGUGAUGGUCCAUACUGUGUCAGUGAAUGCCCUGAAUCAAGAUACCCUUCUGAGAAUGGCACCUGUCUUCCUUGUCAUGCUAAUUGCUACAAUGGCUGCACAGGCCCAGCAAAUACUGUUGGCGCAGGUGGUUGCAAUUAUUGCAAGAAAGCUAUCAUCAGUGUAGAAGCCACUGUAGAACGCUGUCUUAAAGAAAACGAACAUUGUCCUGAUGGAUAUUACAAUGAAUGGGUCGGCAACGUAAAGCCACUCGAUGAACAAGUUAAUAUCGGCUGCCGGAAAUGUCAUCCUCUCUGCCUACACUGUACAGGUUUUGGAAUUCAUUCCCAAGUAUGUGUAGUGUGUAAAGGCUACAAACGUGGAGAUCAGUGCGAGGAGGAAUGUCCUAUUGACCAUUUUACUGACGAAAUUGGCCGUACGUGUACCCCAUGUCAUCCAGAAUGUCGGGGCUGUACAGGACCAUCCUCGACCGAUUGUAUAAAAUGCCAAAAUCUCAAAAUAUUCCUGAAGGAUAAUAAUUCUGUCGAUGCUACCAUGCCUACAUUUAACUGCACCGAUGUCUGUCCGGAUAACAUUCCACAUAAAAUAUACUUCGAUGAGCUAUUACAAAAUCCAAUUGACGAACCAUAUUGCUCAGAAUUUGCUAAUGAUCUUCCGUCGAUGGCAACAGCAAAGACCCCAACCGUUCAAGUAAUUUCUUUAGUGAUGAUCUUCUUACUAUUGAUAAUUGUAGGAAUCAUUGGGUAUAUUUGCAGACAAAAAGCAAAUGCCAAAAAAGAAGCAGUUAAAAUGACUAUGGUACUAACAGGUUGUGAAGAUAACGAACCACUUCGGCCAACUAAUGUUAAACCAAAUUUAGCUAAGUUACGCAUUGUUAAAGAAGGCGAACUCCGGAGAGGAGGAAUGUUGGGAUUCGGUGCGUUCGGAAAAGUAUACAAGGGUGUAUGGGUUCCUGAAGGUGAAAAUGUUAAAAUUCCAGUUGCUAUUAAAGUACUCAAAGAAGGCACAGGCGCCAAUACGAGUAAAGAAUUUCUAGAAGAAGCAUACAUAAUGGCUAGUGUGGAGCAUCCAAAUUUACUUCAAUUGUUGGCUGUUUGCAUGACUAAUCAAAUGAUGCUGAUCACUCAACUAAUGCCAUUAGGCUGCUUGCUUGAUUAUGUUAGAACGCAUAAAGAGAAAAUUGGAUCUAAAGCGUUCUUGAAUUGGUGCACGCAAAUAGCACGCGGCAUGGCGUACUUGGAAGAAAAAAGAUUAGUGCAUAGAGACCUAGCUGCACGAAAUGUCUUAGUACAAACACCGAACUGUGUUAAAAUAACAGAUUUCGGAUUAGCCAAACUCUUAGAUAUAAAUGAAGAUGAGUACAAAGCAGCUGGAGGCAAAAUGCCUAUUAAAUGGUUAGCAUUAGAGUGUAUACAACAUAGAAUAUUCACACACAAGAGUGACGUGUGGGCAUUUGGAGUGACUAUUUGGGAAAUUUUGAGCUAUGGUGCUCGACCAUACGAAAAUAUUUCUGCCAGAAAUGUUCCAGAGCUUAUUGAGAACGGAUUAAAACUCCCUCAACCUAGUAUAUGCACUUUGGAUAUUUACUGCAUUAUGGUUUCAUGUUGGAUGUUGGAUGCAGACAGUAGACCAACAUUCAAAGAACUGGCAGAUACUUUUGCUGAUAUGGCGAGAGAUCCUGGGAGAUAUCUUGUGAUACCUGGGGAUAAGUUCAUGCGUCUACCAUCCUAUUCAACUCAGGAUGAAAAGGAACUGAUAAGAAACCUUUCAUCAGCUAUGGAAGGGACAGAAUCACUGGUUGAAGCUGACGAGUAUCUACAACCUAAAUUCAAGACUGUAACCGGUACAGCAACAUCCAAUUCAGCAAUGAGCGCAGGAGCGGAAACCCAAACCACUUCAUUGAAGCCCUGUACAUCAUCAUCUUGGGCUAAUAAUGUCACAAACCCUGAAUGCGUUACUUCCGAUGGUGGUACCAUAAUACAGGGCUUCAGUAAACCCGAAAUUUGGGAUCAAGAACUCCUAAGGUAUAAUCAUCAAAUAAAUCCAGAUGGUAGUGAGCUUCGACACUACUACAACAAUGGAGUAUGUGCUUCUGAAAGCUCCAGUUCAAGAUAUUGUAGCGAUCCUAUGAAAGCGAGAACAGAAGGCUCUGAAAAUAAUUUCGACAGCAUGUCGAAAACUAAAGAAGCACAAGUCGGAAAUCUUAAGCUAAACUUGCCACUGGACGAGGACGACUAUCUAAUGCCAUCACCACAGCAAAAUGAAAAUGCGUCGGCUUACAUGGAUUUAAUAGGAGAAGGCGGUGAGGGUCAGGAGGUGAAAGAUGUACAUUACACUAGUUUCGUGGGACCAAAACGGUGUGUGGAUAACCCAGAGUACUUGAUGUCAGACGAAAGUGUGCCGCCACAAACACUAGGUAUUCCGACCGAACCGUUGCCGCUUGAAUCGCUGUGCGUGAGCGAGGGCAGCGGGAGUGAAAGCACACCGCAACCUGGCACCAGCAAGUACCUGCCUCAGAAGUCUGUGGAAGAGGAGUCAAUGUCCGAUCACGAGUACUAUAAUGAUUUGCAGCGCGAGCUACAGCCGCUACGUAGGAACGAAACCACAGUGUGAGUGUUAACUUGUCACCAUGUGAUAAAUUACAACGUAUAGACUGAUCUCUCACUAAAUGACUGUUAUAUACUUAAGAGUGCGCACGCGCGCCUUUCGUGCCAUUGAAGUGAUGGCUAGUGUUAGCUUGUUGAUUAAACUUCAACUAAAAAUUUUAUAUUAGUUAUAAAAAACGAUUUUGUUAUUUUUUUCUACUUAAAAUUUUGUAAAAGAAUGUUACGACCUGGUAAUUUGUAAAAAUAUUUUAAUUUUUAUUAGUUGCUCGGAGGUUGCACAUAACAAAUUAUAAGUUAUUUAUUAAUUUAGUUUAAGGAUGGCUAUGUUUACGUUUUUCGUAUGCUGUGGCAUUAAGUGGCUAAGCAAGUGUUAUUUUAACUUUAAAACUGUGAUAAUUAGAUUAAUUACAAUACAAUGGGACAGUGAUAUAAAAAAAGGCCAAGUCGUGCCCUCAUUGUUGAAAAUUUAUGGGAAUACGUACAUUUUUCGUUCGUGUUGUCAAAUUCCAUUUUUGACUGAUAUUCCAUCAUCAAUAUGUAAUAUCUUGAAAACUGCACAUGUAUACUUUUUACAAACGAACAGUAUAUUUUUACAUUAUUUAUUAUUGUGUUUAAUAUAAAUCAUGUACCUACGUUUACAUCACUAAACUAUUAUUUCUGUAAAGCUUUGAUUAAUUCCGAAUUUGUGUAAUCUUGCCAAUCUAGUGACCAGGUCGGCGCAUGGCGGGCUACGCACUUGUUCCGAUGACUUGCCUAUAACAUACUGACAUCUAAUCAGCAGUCCUAUGUAUCAUAGUUAUUGUACAUAUUUGUUUAUAGAAGAAUUUAUGUAAAACAUUAUGUGAAAGCAAACGAUAAAAGACAUUAGUAUUUUGUAAUAUUCUUUGGAGCUGUCAGUCCGCACAAAGCAAGCUCAACGGUUCCCAACUUAAUGCAACAUUUAUAUUAUAUAAAAGUGUAUGUACUUUAGUUAGAUAAGUGUUAAUUUUAUUAGACCAAACCCAUUUGCCAUGUAACAUGUAAAUAUCUUUUAUUUUUAUUAAUAUGCAUUUGUAAAUAAAACAUUAUUGUAAUACAAUAAAAUGUAGUAAUAACUAUUGACAAAUGAAAUACCAUAGUAUAUUUGUUUUAUAUAUAUAGUUAUUUGAAUUACUGUGUCGUCCGUGCUGAUAAUAUAUAAAAUCUAUUGUGCCAUUAAUUACGAGAUAGGAUAACAUUUAAAAUGAAACAAAGUAGAUAUACAUGAAUAUUAUAAUGUAAUAAGUGCUUACAUACCUAUUGGUAUAUUUAUAUAUAUCACAAUUCAAAAAUUUUGUAAACACUAUAAAAUGCAAUAUUUUUGACGCUGUCCUUGAUUAUACAGUUGUAUUUAUAUGUAGGAUUAUAUAUUCGUUUAUUGUGACUACGUAAACAUAUUGAACAUCACAUUUUAUAAAUUUCAAUAUAAAUGUAUAUGAAUUGUAUGGUUGAAAUCAUUUGUCUGUAAAUAGAUAUCGCAUCAAUUGCAGCGAUGCGUAUGUAGGUACUUGUACCUUGAUAAAUGAAUAUUAAAUAAAA